AUGGAGAACGCUGCACCAAUGUCCAACCUGAAAAUGCUCCCAACCGAGCUUUUCGCAAUGGUCGCAGAUUACUCGUCUCCUGCAGACAUUGCAACUCUCCGCGUCGUUUCUCGCCAAUGCGAGUACAAAAUUCGACGUCUCUACGCCGAAAGAUGCUUCACAAAUCUCCCAAUCCUCCUCAACAGCGAGCGAAGUCUGAGAGAAGCACUGAAAAUCUCACAACACCCGGUUUUCGGCGGCAACGUGUCAACACUCACCAUACAUCUGGAUGAGUUGCCACCUUACAAAUCCUCUGCGAGAAAGCAAAAGCAGAAGCAGCUGCUACAAGACAUUCAUCAGGGCAGCGCCCAACAAGACGACAUCCACGUCCCACAGCGCAAACUCCUCUCCGAGCUCUUGCAAAGCAACCUCAAAACCCUCACAACAAUCCGUCUAAAAUCCGGUUCUCCCCCCCUCACCAAAAUGGACUGGUCCUCAAACAAAACAAAAGCCUACAGAGCCCUAGCCUCUCGCUACCUCCGCCCCCCAAAACAAGACGACCGAAGAGCCUUCUCCAUCGUCGUAGGCGCCAUGUCCGACACCCUCACACACUCUCCAGAGAACUACAAAAUCUCCACCUUCUCCCUCGAAAACAGCGAGCACACCAACAAAGCCUGGAGUUUCCCCCUCCGCAACAUCUCCACCCUCAUCGCCACCGACACAAUCUCCUCCUGGCGAAACCUCCAACCCCGUCUCAAAUCCCUCGAACUCACCCUCAACAUCACACCAGCAGGGCAAAGCAUCGAAGUAAUAGACCUCUUCACCGCACCGCGAGCGUUCGGACGAAACAUGCCCGAACUCGAGAGCUUGACACUCAACAUCCCCCGUACAGGCUGUACGUGUCUGAGCGAUUACCCCAUGCGAGUAAUUCUCUCCCAAACCCAGCUUCCGAAAUUGAAAGUUUUGAAAUUGAGGAAUGCGGUGUUGACGGAUUUUGGGUUGGAACGGGUUUUGAGACAGCAUUUUUUGACGAUUGAGAGGGUGGUUUUGGAAAGGUGUUUUUGGGGGGAGAGGGGGGAAAGGGAUUGUGGGGCGGUGAAGGGGGAGAUGGAGGGGAGGUAUAAUGUGUUGGAGGUUUUGGAGUAG